AUGUCGAUUCUCGUUCCCCUUUACAUUUAUCCACACUUGGGUCAAUGGGAUCCUCUCUAUUGGGCAGCUUGGUCACACCCAAAAGUCAAUUUCACAGUCAUUGUCAACCCUUGUUCUGGUCCUUGCGGACAAAACCUCUCAUCAACAUACAUCAACGAAAUUCCAAAGCUGAAGCAGUACAAGAAUAUUCAGACACUGGGAUACGUUGCAACAAACUAUACCAACAAGGGACUUGAUAAUGUUUUGGAAGAAAUUGGCUUGUAUGCCAAUUGGUCAUCCAAUUGGAAUGAUAGCAGAAUCUCGGUCGAUGGAAUAUUCUUUGACGAAACACCGGGACUUUAUGAUUGGCGAAAAUUCGCAUAUCUGGAAACCGCUCAGAAGGCUGUGAAGAGUCUGCCUGGGUUAGGCCAACAAAUUGUUGUCCAUAAUCCUGGAACCCUCCCCGAUCGAGUAUGGAAUUACAUGAAUCUAUCCGACGUUACGGUCAUAUUCGAGCAAUCUUUUAUGAAAUGGCUCGAUCAACCAAACUUCAAUCUACUCAAAGCAUUCCAGAAUGACUCGAGUCAUCCCAAGUCCGCAAUGGCAGUCAUGUUACAUUCGCUACCAAGUCUUACGGAUAAUCUUCUGACCUGCGUGAUAAAGGAAUUGGAAAACAUGGCAGGCUAUUUCUUUCUGACGAGCGUGGGAGACCAGGAUCAGUAUUGGCAUAGCUUCUCGAACCUAUUUAGUCCACUAGCGACAGCAGUCGAUAGGAUCAAUGAACAAAAGCUACUGUAA